AGGGAGCAGCCAUUUUGGCUCAAUCGUCCGGCCAGGGUCUGCAUAGCUCCUUUUGCAGGUUUCCAGUCGCUGCUGCCACCUUAGCUGCGCACCUCAAUGGGGUGCAGCAACUCGAAAGCAUCAGACUCUGUGACCAAGCAGGGCUCAGGCACGCCACUUACUGGCAAGGAGCAAGACAAGAAGGUGGCGAAAGAACAGAACAAUGAGUACCAGGCCACCAUGCAGUUUUUAGGCAAGGUGCAGCUCUUCAAACGGCUACCCAAAGACCAGCACCCGCUGCUCGCGGGUGCAGUGGAGCCCCAGGAGUUCAAGGCUGGUAGCGUUGUGAUCAAGCAGGGGGACCCUGGCUCUGAGUUCUUUAUCAUCAAGAGCGGAGAGGCCAGCGUCAAGGUCACCACAGACGGGGCCACGAAGACUGUCGCCACCCUGAAGCCCGGCGACUACUUCGGCGAGAACGCCCUGCUACGCGACGAGCCUCGUGCCGCCACCAUCUCGGCGGAGACCGACCUUGUUACCUUCAAGCUCGGGCGAGAGAAAUUCUGCAACCUGGGCCUGAACGAGAAGCUGCAGUUCGCCAACCGCAAGGCCGUGGGACAGGGCGCCGGCCGUACGGUGCAGACGAAACCCCCGUCUCCGAAGACCGACGCCGAGCGGGUAUUGAUUGGGGAGGCGCUCAGGAGCAACGAGAAUUUAAACACCAUGGUGACUCUCGACGACAAGCGCGUGAAGAAACUGACCGACGUCGCCUGGAAGGAGACGGUGCAGAAGGGGCAGACCAUCAUCACAGAGGGUGACAUGAUCGCGGACUAUUUCUACAUCGUCGCGGAAGGCCUCUUCGAGGUCCUCGUCCCCGCAGAGGAUGGAAACAGCAACUCGCUCGAGGUAGUCACCACUGUGAGGAAGGGUGGCAGUUUUGGUGAGUUGGCACUGCUCUACCUGGUCCCCCGUGCAGCCACCGUCAAAGCCAAGGAAUCCUCGGUGGUGUGGGUGAUAGACCGCACUCAGUUCAAGAACGUCUUGAUGCAGUCCGAAGAUUCGAAGAUAGCAGAGUACAUCAAAUAUCUCGGCCGAGUGGGGGUGCUUGAGUGUCUGCUGGCGGAGGAGAAGACGGCCAUCGCAAAGGCACUGGUCGAGAUGCACUUCCAGAAGGGCGAAGUCGUCCUUCAGCAGGGAGAGCCCGGCAGCACUUUUUACAUUCUCUUCGACGGCGAGGUGGUUGUGACGAAGAACGACGUGGAGCAGGUGCGCAUGAAGGCGACCCACGACACCUGUCAUUUCUUCGGCGAGCGCGCGCUUCUCAACAACGAACCGCGAGCCGCGACGGUGGCGGUUGUCUCGGAGACUGCGAAGGCGCUGGUUCUGGACAGGGACUCGUUCAAUAUGCUCCUCGGUCCGCUGGCGGACAUCAUCGCCCGGGGCGCGCCAGAAAAGCAAGCGAGAAGCUCCAUAAAGGACGAUCCCUCCAAGGCCCAAAUGGCUAAGUUCACCAGGAAGGAGGGCGAGCGCAUUCACCGCAAGGACCUGCAACGCGUCGGGCUUCUCGGCUGCGGGGGGUUCGGCGCGGUGGAGCUGUGGGAGCACAGGGUGACCGGUGAGACGUACGCCAUGAAGGGCCUCAGCAAGGGCUACGUGGUGCAGACUGGCAUGCAGCAGAGCGUAAUGAAUGAAAAGAACAUCCUGCUGAUGACGAACUCCCCGUUCAUCAUUCGGCUGUACAUGACGUACAACGGGUCGCAGACCCUCUACUUCCUGAUGGAGCCCGCCCUGGGCGGCGAGCUCUACGCCACCUACAACAAGAAAGGCCUCCAUGGCAGCGAGAGGCACGCGAAGUACUACAUCGCGGGGACGGUCUUCGCCUUCCAGCACAUGCACGAGCGCCGCAUCAUCUACAGAGAUCUCAAGCCCGAGAACCUCUUGCUCACAGAAUUGGGCCACCUCAAGGUCACGGACAUGGGCCUCGCCAAGUUCGUGAUCGGGAAGACCUACACAACGUGCGGCACGCCCGACUACUUCGCCCCCGAGCUGAUCGCAUCCUCAGGGCACACAAACGCCGUGGACUGGUGGACUUUGGGCAUUCUGCUGUUCGAGCUGAUGUCUGGCCACCCCCCUUUCGAGUCGGCCUACCCGAUGCAGAUUUAUUCCAAGGUGAUGAAAGGCAUCAACAAGGUCCCUUUCCCGGUGAAGUGCCAGGGUCCCGUGGGCGAGCUCAUCAAGGGCCUCCUCAAGAAGGAGCCCAGCGAGCGCCUGCCCAUGAGGCCGGGGGGCACCCGCAACAUCAAGGAGCAGAAGUGGUACAACGACUUCGACUGGGGGGCCAUGGAGAACGGGACGAUGGAGGCGCCGUACAAGCCGACGGUUAAGAGCAAGAAGGACAUCUGCAACUUCUCCGCUCGACCUCAGGACAUGCCGAAGCAGGUCGCAUAUAAGGACGACGGAACAGGCUGGGACAAAGACUUCGCCAGUUGACGACUUGCAUCUUUCAUUUAACAUCUUGCCCCUUCUCUUCUUCCUCCUCCUUCCUUCCUCCUCCCUCCUGCCCCCUC